CGUUGUGACUUCUUCCUUUUUCUCCGUGGAAGAAGCCUCAAGACAGAAAGGAGCAAACACACACUGGAUUACUUUGGACUUCCGUCAGAUUUAUACAUGCACAUUGUUGAAGGAUUCAUGUGAUUAAAGUUUGUGGACUUAAUCAAAAGUUGAAGGUGGUGGCUGAGGUGAGGCGAGGCGUGUGAAACCAUGUGGCUUCUCUGUUCCUGCCUGACACUGCUGGCCCUCAGCCUUAGAUCAUGUGACACCCUGGCUUCACAAAAAGAUGUACAGUGCCCAUCCUUACAAGUGGAUGAAUGGAAGUUUCCUCUUUCAUCCGGGGACAACAUCACGGGUUUUAAUGUGAUGAGACGGUUCUCCCUACUCAAGAAUCCAGAUGUCAAGAAGAUCCGUAACCCUCGCGGACCCAUCAUCCUCCGCUUGGGCAAGACCCCCCUCCUACGCCCAACUGACGAGGUGUUUCCUGAUGGCCUUCCUGAGGAGUUCACGCUGAUAUUUACCUUGGCAUUAAAAAAGGCGGCCCUGAGGGACACCACCUACCUAAUUCAGAUAUCUGAUGAGCAGGGAUACCCUCAGCUGUCUGUAGACCUGAAUGGCCCAGAUGGCACCCUGACAUUGAGAGCCAGAGGGGAGGACCCUGCAGCUGAUCUGGGGAGCUGUGUUUUCACCAAUGAGGGCGUGGCGUCUCUGAUGGAUCUACACUGGCACAAAGUGGCCCUCAGUGUGCAAAGACAAUCUGCCUCCCUCCAUGUGGACUGUAGCUCCACAGAGACAAAACCUCUGGAGCCUCGUGGGAGAUUGGCUACUGAUGGACAUACUCUUCUAGCCAUUCGAGCUUCUGAUGCUGGGCCUGUACAGAUGGACAUUCAGCAGGUGAUGCUGUACUGCGAUCCAUCCCUCGCCAGUCAGGAAGCCUGCUGUGAGAUACCAGGAGCUCGGUGUCCACCAGAUGCCUCCAAGAGCCGACGUGCUGCAGAGAAUGACUUGUGGGAGAACUCUUUUAACCAGGAAAUCUUCUCAUCCAAGGAUCUGGCUGAGAAAGUUAUAAAUCUUGCAAGAGUUUCUGGGCUGAAAGGAGAAAAAGGUGACCGGGGUGAUGGUUGUUCUGGCUCACAUUCAGGUUCAUGUACGGAGGGACCCAAGGGCCAGAAGGGGGAGAGAGGAGAGAUGGUGCUUCCUGCCAGCUGGGGUGAAGCAGCUGAGUUCAAGGGAGUAAAAGGUCAGAAGGGAGAGACUGGACCACAGGGCCUCACAGGCACUCCGGGGAAGGAUGGUCGAGCAGGCUCCAUCUGUGUCGUCGGCCCCAAAGGACAGAAGGGUGCUUCUGGUUCAGUGGGUCCUGAAGGCUUGGCUGGGGAGCCAGGGAUGCCUGGACCUCCAGGCCUACCGGGGAUUGGAAAGCCAGGUCCAGCAGGCCCUCCUGGUCAGCCUGGUGGUGCAAAAGGAGACAAGGGGGACAUAGGACCUCAAGGGGAUGAAGGAUUGCACGGAGAUCCAGGGCCGAGGGGACCAGCAGGGCCGAAAGGAGCAAAGGGUGACCCGUGCGAAGUGUGCCCCACACUACCAACUGAUAUCGGCAACACCGUAUCUCUGCAAGGUAUGCCGGGCCAGAAAGGUGAGCCCGGAUUACGAGGCAUUGGAGAGAGAGGACCACCUGGACCUGCAGGUCUGGAUGGCAAGGCCGGACAGAAGGGACAACCAGGAUCACAUGGUGCUAAAGGGGAAAAGGGUGAGGCCUGUUCUGUGUGCCCCACCCUGGGAGAGCUCCCCCCAAACCUGGUCCCUGGUGUCAUGAGUCAGACUCUGCAGGUGAAGGGCCAAAAAGGAGAAGCAGGCUUUGGAAUUAAAGGAGAACAAGGAGAGGUGGGAAAUGUAGGACCACCUGGUCCUAGAGGAGAGAAGGGUAAUGCAGGGCGAAGAGGAGCUGAUGGUAAGCCGGGAAAACUUGGGGUGAAAGGAUCUGCUGGAAAGAACGGAGAAAAGGGUGAAAGGGGAGAUACAGGACUUCCUGGUUUUAGUCUUCCUGGCCAGAAAGGAGAGAAAGGCGAAUGUGGUGUGUGCCAGCCAUAUGAGGUUGGCAGCGGACCGGCCAGCAUCAAAAUACCUGAAGGAACAACAGGCAAGCCAGGCCCUCCAGGUUCUCCCGGACCUCCUGGGCUUGGUGCAGAAGGCAAACAGGGCCCCCCAGGAGUUGCUGGAGAGAAAGGAGAUAAGGGUGACCAAGGAGACCAAGGAGAUAAGGGAGAUGAUGGCGCUCCUGGAGUGCCAGGAUUGCCUGGAGAGCCUGGACGAAAUGGACUAAUGGGCUUGAAGGGGGAGAAGGGUGAUGCUUGUACCAGCUGUUCAUCUCUGGGCACUGCAGCGGGUGAUGGUGUUGCUGUGCCUGGGCCAAAGGGAGAGAGAGGAGAGCCUGGUGCCCCAGGAGAGGGGAAGCCUGGCAGAAAUGGUAAACCAGGCUUACCGGGCAUACAGGGACCUCCUGGUCUCAAAGGGAGCAAGGGAGAAUCUGGACUUGCAGGAGUUGGUCUUCCUGGUCCACAAGGUAUCGAGGGACCAAGAGGACUUCCCGGUCUUGUUGGACCUCCUGGAUUCAUUGGAUUACCCGGCCCAGCUGGUCCUGCUGGUGAACAGGGCAUGAGAGGUGAUACUGGACCUCCAGGACCACAGGGGCCAAUGGGCAUCGGCGUAACAGGACCCCCAGGUAGAGACGGUGCCCCCGGCUCUCGUGGGUUGCCAGGAGCUGAUGGAAGACGUGGAGUUGAUGGCGCUAAGGGGGACAAGGGCGACCCUGGAGAGUGCAACUGCAUAAUGCCAAUGCACUCAGGCAUCGGUGGACCAGGAGCUCCGGGAGCUGCAGUAAGCCCAUGGCAGCCUGGGCCUCAGGGACCUCCAGGACCUCCAGGCCCUCCUGGUCCACCUGGACCUCAAGGUUUUGAUGGACUGCAAGGACCGCAGGGUAUCCCUGGAAACGACGGGAUACCGGGGAAACCGGGUUUGCCAGGAUACGUUAAGGCUGACCUGCAGAUGCCAUCCCAGGAUGCUUCUGAAGAAGACAAGGCAUGUGUUGGGGACUGUUCCCAAGGGAUGCCCGGGGUUCCAGGUAUGGCAAAUGCCAAAGGAGAAAAGGAAGACCAGGGAAAACCCGGUGUAACCCCUGUGGAGAACUGUGACAGUUGUGCGGACAAACUACAGGCAACACAACCAAGGGAUGACUGUACCUGUACGGGACAACCUGGAGUUCCAGGGGUGCCUGGAUCACAGGGAAUGAGAGGGGACCCUGGUAUACAAGGAGAGAGAGGACAAGCUGGAAUUCCAGGAAUGAUGGGACCUCCGGGUUUCGCAGGUCCCCAAGGCCCACCCGGUUCACCUGGUCAGCAAGGUGAGCAGGGACCAUCAGGACUGGCUGGACUCAAGGGUGAACAGGGCCCUUCAGGGACGCCUGGGUAUCCAGGUUCCAUGGGGCCUCCUGGAAUGCCUGGAUUGAAAGGCGAACGUGGGAGCCCAGGGAGCAGUGGUGAGAAAGGAGAACUGGGUCCGGCUGGUCUCCCCGGGUACCAAGGACAGGCGGGCGCACCGGGAGGUAAAGGAGACACAGGACCAUCAGGACCCGAAGGACUAAAAGGGGAUCAGGGCUUCCAAGGACAACCAGGAUUCCCAGGACCACCAGGUCCACCAGGUCCCGCAGGCAAAUCAGGAAGGGAAGGACUCCCAGGACUUAAGGGUGAAAAGGGCAAUGAUGGCAACCAAGGUUCUCAAGGACCAACAGGACCACCAGGCUCCCCAGGCUCCCCAGGGCUGAUGGGCCCUCCUGGCAUCGAAGGGAUAGAUGGUAAAGAUGGAAAGCCAGGGCUUCGAGGAGAAGUGGGUCCCCCGGGUCCUGCAGGUCCACGAGGAAUCCCAGGAUUCAAAGGCAAAACCGGCCACACUGGCUUCCCGGGACAGAAGGGCGAUGUUGGACCUUCAGGUCCACCUGGACCACCAGGUAGACCAGGACAUGAGGGUGAUCCCGGAGCACCAGGAGCUCAGGGACGACCUGGACCAUCUGGCCACAUUGGUUCACCAGGUCCAGCUGGACCCCCAGGACCUCCUGGUCCAUCAGGAGUGGGCGUAAAGGGAGAUAAAGGUCAGAAUGGAGAGAGGGGUCUCCCAGGAAUGUCUGGAGCCCCAGGUCCACCUGGUCACCCAGGGCUUAUGGGCGAGCCAGGUAAUGAUGGUUCCCCUGGUAAAGAUGGGUUGGCAGGUCUGCCAGGGGGGAACGGGCAGCCAGGCCAAAAGGGUGAGCCAGGGGCUACAGGACAAAGAGGACCUGCAGGGGAGCGAGGCAGACCGGGGCCCCCUGGUGGAGGUUUAGGAUAUCACUCCAAGGACGCUCAACCGAUAAUCGGCCCGGUUGGACCCAGAGGGGAAAGAGGAAGCCCUGGGUCAGCCGGUCCACCCGGACCACCUGGAUCUCAAGGAAUGCCAGGAAGUGAUGCUGUGGUCAAUUAUGAUGAAAUCAAGAACUUCAUCCGCCAGCAGGUCAUUAAAAUCUUUGAUGAGAGAAUGGCCUACUACAUGUCCCGCAUGCAGAUGCCUGUCGAAAUGGUAGCAUCUCCCGGUCGACCUGGACCUCCAGGGAAAGACGGCAUUCCUGGUAAUCCUGGAGCACCCGGCUCACCUGGAAUACCUGGGCAUAUCGGUCGACAAGGACGGUCCGGACCCCAAGGACCAGCUGGGCCGAGAGGACCGCCGGGAGCAAAGGGAGAUAAGGGUGUAGGAGAGAUGGGAGACGCAGGACCUCCAGGAUCACCAGGUGUCCCAGGCUCCCCAGGCUACGGUAAAAUGGGACCCCCAGGUCCCGUUGGCCAGCAGGGGGUUCCUGGAAUCCCAGGCCCGCCCGGACAAUCUGGCUCAAAGGGAAAUGAUGGCCGGUGUAAUCCUUCAGACUGCAUGAGCCAUCAAGUAGAAUACAGCCCCAAAGGCCCGUCUGUCAAGGGCCCCUGGUAGAUGAGAGGGGGGCAAAGGAGCAGAGGUAGGGGGGACUAAAGAGGAUAGCAAGCCAAAGACCCAAAGGUCUUUCUGGCCACAACAUUUGGGAACUUCUUUUCUUGUUGAACACCUACCCUUCUUUUCACGCAGUGCUCUCCACUGAGGCCUGUCACGACACAUCAGCAGUAUAUUUUUAUUGCACCAUUCUUUUUCUUCCUAUAAAUUCCACUUUAAGCAACGGUUGCUUGCUGGGUUUUUUUCCCCCUUCUGAUUUUGCUCUCUUUUGGAGGUGAAAAGGUGCACAAUGUUUUCAUUUUUCAAUUUUUGUUAUCAAGUUCAGGAAGCAGAAGCACGUAAACUUACUCUAGCUCUUUGCUGACUUCUUUUAUAUCUUUUUCUUUUCUCUCUGCUUCUAUUGCAUUUGCGAUAGCCACAGUGCUCAUGGCCACCCAUAUCGUUGAAUUUGGUCCGUAAGUGAUGGAUUUACUGUUUUGUAUAUAUUUAUAUUUAUAUAUAGCAGCUUUUUAUACUUUUUUUUAAAAAAACAUUUCAUGAAUAAUGAGCGACAUACAAGUAAAUUUGCCAAACAUGCUUGGCUGAUUCAAGCUAUUUGAAGAUGAACUACUCACCCAUUCACUUUGAGCAGGCACAAACAUGAAUCGAUAUUUGUACACAUAAAUGAAAGUAAAUCCCUAAAUGAUUCCCAAAUUAUGUCACAUUUUGCCUUAAAUAUCUGAAAUAUCAGUGCUUUUAUUAAAAAAAAAACAUUUUUAAAAGGGCUUUAUAAUGUCACUAUUGUCCAUAAACUCACCAUUAUGCUGUGUAUAUGUUGUUUAAGGUCAUUUGCAAUGCAACCCACCAUGUUUCUUCCAUAUGAUGUUUUAUGAGUCACUGAGCGAAAGAAAACACUUUGAAUGCAAAGCAAAUGUUUGUUGUUUUUCCUGCAAUGUGCCCACUACAACAUACAGUAUGUAGCAACAUGCUUUAAGGGUGUUGCAUGCAAAAAAUGUAUUAGCGCUGCAAGUAACGAUUAUUGUCUUCAUCAUGAAGCUUAUUGUUUUGAUUGAUCGGGUAAUCAGUUAGACCAUGUGUCCAAACUGUGAGGGCCACUUAAUGAAAAAUCACAAGAUGCAGGGGCAUCUAAGAUAGCUUAUUUUCUAUUACUGUGUCUGCUAUAUUGGGUAGUACAAGUUUAAAGGUGAAUGUGGUAUUAUGGUGAAAACCGUAAAAACAAACAAACAAACUGUAUUCACAAGGUCAUAAACAUCUUUUUUUUUACGCUCUAACUACGAAAAUAUUCAAUUUAUUAGUAUUGCCUCCUACUUCACAGAAAUUCACUUAUCACAGUCGAGUCUGGAACCAAUUGAUCAUG